AAUGGCUGGUUUUGGUCUUUCUCUGAAGGAGCUUUUGUACAAGGAGUGAUCCCAGAAUCAGAGGUGAGGGCAUACGUUUUCAUCAGUAAAGGUUGUUUUAAUUCCGUUAUCACAAUUUCCUUGGCUAAAAUUUAUCUGCUGGCUAAAAUGACAAUGUAUCUGUUCAAUAGAAAAGUCGUUUUUCUGUUACUAUACAACAUAAUUAACCUUGGAAUAUGUAAAAUCAAGCGCUAUUGAGUUUCGAGUCACCUAAUCUAGGACUACUCCUAGUUUGUAGGUGGGUAAAGGUUUCUACUUCUUCUUUUACCUAUUUAUUACAUGUUUGCAUGUUUUAACAGUUCUUUUUUUUUCUUUUCUACAGCGAGGUAUCACAUCACCAAGAGCGUAUGUCCUCUAUGACAGCCUCCAACAGCCCGAUCCUAAAUACUUCGAGCAAAUUCUAACCAAUAGCCUACCUGAAGGGCAAAUACAACAGUUUUGCGCUGAUUUCCUCGCGCUAUUCAGAGAUAAAGAACACAAGCGACCUGUGCCAUGUGCCAUCAGAGCUUCUGACAGCGGCAAAACGAGCCUGUUCAGCCCAGUGUUUCAAAUUGUGCCGUUAAGCCGAAUCGCUCGUGUGACCAAACAGAAGAGCUUUAACAAGUCGAUGAUUGACAGCUCCACGGAAGUUAUCUUUCUCGACGAGGCAUACAACAACCUGCUCGACAUAGAUGACUGGAAGAUAAUUUGUCAAGGCAGUUUUACAUCCCACGAUGUAAAAUGGAAGAAGGUCCAGGGGUGCCACUGCCGUGCAAGUAUGUACAUUACAUGUCAACAGGAGAUGGACUUUGGCGAGGCCCGCAAUGACGCGAUGAACCGAAGACUUCACAAGUUCUUCUUCAGAAGCUUGCCCCAAGUUAACCCGGAGGCCAACCAGUGGCUGCGAGAACAUGCAAUGGACUGCAUUGUAUGGGCCCAAAAGAUGGUUGCUACAAACUCCACUACCGCACAGACUGGAAGGACUUUAGGAGAGCGUGAGGACGGUUUAGAAAGUGAAGACGUUCAGAGAAUUUUGUCCGAUUCCCUACUGGAUGACCCCGAGUGCAACACGGAAGGCGGUGAAAUCUCACUCACGGAUGAAGAGGAGAGUGAAGCCGAAAGCGACAGCUCCGAUGAAAAUGAAAAUAACAACCACAUAGACAAGCUUCGCCAUGAGCUCGAAAAGGCGGUGCCGGGUGGGUUUCGGCACAGACAGCUGAGCAUGCUCCUGCGAAACGCUCAAACACAGCACAAAGCCAUCCAAAAUCGCCAAAUCGCCGGACGUCGACGAUAUCUAGUAAAUUUAGGAGUGACCAGCAAAUCGCAGGCAGAUCGACUGAUUACGCAUCCCGACGAGCUGCUACCAACCGACCUCGCUCGCAGAGAACAACAGGCCUUGAAAGAUAGGGCAGAACGUCUCGAAAAGCAAAGGGAAAGAGAUGAGCAGAAGAAAGAAAAAAAAGCAUUCUCUAAUCCGUGGCUGUUAGAAAUAGAAAAAGAAAUGGCCGAGAACAAUAUGUGUUUAGAGAGAGGCACAGACCCCGACAUGAGUGCAACGCUGGGGAGUCUUUUGGAGAUUGACUGUGAGAAACUCCGCACAUUUCACGAAAAACAAGGUACCCUUCGCCUGCAGAUGGCUGUGGAGAAAAGGAAAGAANUCGACUGAUUACGCAUCCCGACGAGCCACUACCAACCAACCUCGCUCGCAGAGAACAACAGGCCUUGAAAGAUAGGGCAGAACGUCUCGAAAAGCAAAGGGAAAGAGAUGAGCAGGAGAAAGUAAAAAAAGCAUUCUCUAAUCCGUGGCUGUUAGAAAUAGAAAAAGAAAUGGCCGAGAACAAUAUGCGUUUAGAGAGAGGCACAGACCCCGACAUGAGUGCAACGCUGGCGAGUCUUUUGGAGAUUGAUUGUGAGAAACUCCGCGCAUUUCACGAAAAACAAGGUACCCUUCGCCUGCAGAUGGCGGUGGAAAAAAGGAAAGAAAUCUGUGUGAAACGUGGAUUAGUGGAUCCUAG